AUGGGUGAUUCGCUUGUACACCCAACCCGAAAGAUCCUGCUUGCCGCCACAACAGGAGGCUUCACGCAUGCUUCGCCUGUAUUUGAAAUCGGCCGGGCUCUCGCUGAGAGAGGCCACACCAUUGAAUUCGCGACGUUGGACGGUCAAGGGCAUUGGACCAAGGACUAUGAAUUCGUCUCCAAGAUUCACUUCCUGGGCCCCUAUGCGACUGAGGAGCAGCUAGACGCGCAUUACUUGCGCAUGCGGUCGUGGGACAUUUCACAAGGCAUCGGAGGCGCAAUGGGAUCCAAGUACUUGUUUGAUUCCUUUUGGCCACAGACCUACCACGGGCUAAAAGCCAUCAUGCAGGACCCGACUAGACGACCGGAUAUGAUCAUUGCCGAUUUCUUCGUUGAUGCGGUAAAAGAUAUCAUGGUCGAGUAUAAGAUACCCAUUGCUAUCGUCGGGCCGCAAAUGCCCAUCCUCCAGAUGCCCUGCUCGUAUAUCCCGGGCCAGCCUGGGUUCCAGUUACAAGGGACGCUGACCUCGGAGACAGCAUCGCUAUGGCUGCGCUUGAAGAAUGAGCUGACAGUCAUCAAGGCCCUGUUUCAGAUCAUCAAAUGGGUGCGGUGGACCACGGCCAUGCGCAAACGCGAAGGAGUGAAUUAUCCACCGCAUAGUAUCAAAAAACCCAACUAUCUCGUUUUCGUGAACUCAUUCUUCGGCCUGGAGAUCCCUCGCGAUCUGCCCCCGACGGCGGCCGUAGUCGGACCGCUCAUCAGUGACACAUAUCCUCCAUUAGACGCCGAGUAUGAGACUUUCCUGUCCCGCCACAAGUCAGUCAUAUACAUUGCGCUUGGUACUCACGUCAUUCUGUCCAACAAAGACGUAGUGAAGGUUAUCACCGGUAUACUUCCUCUGAUCGAAGAGAAAUUAAUCGACGGCGUGAUCUGGGCAGUGAGUAAGAGCGGCCGGCAGGACUUUGAGCUUGAAACAACCUUUACCACCACACAGGGGACCAUUCGACUAGGCGACUUGGUAGAAGGCCGCCACCCAGACUGGAUGUUUUCAUUCUUUGUGCCACAGCGUGCUGUUUUGGAGCACAGGUCGACCAAGCUCUACUUCACGCAUGGUGGAGGCUCCAGCGCCAACGAGGGCCUCUACCACGGCAAAAGCAUGUUGACGAUGGGCAUAUUCAGCGACCAAAUUGCCAACAUGGCGCGCCUAGUUGGUGGCGGAGUGGCCGAGCCACUCGACAAAUUCCAUUUCACAUCCGACGAAGUACACGCCAAAGCCAAAAAGCUCGUGCUCGACAAAGACGGUCUGUACAGUCGCAAUUCCCUGUGGCUGCAGCGCAUUGCGCAUGUGGCUGCGCGCCGCAAAUACCAUGCUGCCGAUCUUGUUGAGGAGCUUAUGUAUGAUAACGAAUUGCGCUUCCAGGAUGGACGUGAGUUGCGGCCCAUGCACCUGCAGACGGCUGACAUGCGCAUGCCCAUGUACAAGGCUAAGAACUGGGAUUUGUAUGCAUUCAGCUUCCUGGGACUGGCUACGGUGACAGGGUCGACUGUGGUUGUUAGCAACUUGUUGUGGACGCAUCGCGCGUCUUUAUUUCAGAUGGUUCAGUCGGCACUGUCUUAUGCCCAGGAUGUUGUUAGAAAGUAG